CCUCCCGAGUCCUGAGCCUGACCCGGUGACCCGAGUAGACUCGGCGGCGGCGGCGGCGGCGACGACGACGACGAUGAUGCUGAGGGCGCGGGGGGCGGCGGGUGCACUGCUCCGCCUCGCCGGCGCCACAGCCGGUGUCCAGAGUGGCGGUGCCCCUCAGCUCGCGCGCGCGGCAUUCACUCGCGGCUUCCUGGAUCUCCACAAGAUGGCGAACAAGGAGGCCAUCGAGAAGGAGAAGGCCAGGCUUAAGGAUGAGAUGAGUAGGGGCUACUUCGCGGACAUCUCCGAGAUCCGCAAGAACCAUGGCAAGAUUGCAACUGCAAGUAAGGUUAUCAUCCCGGAGGUUGAUGCUAUGAAGUUUCCUGAUCUGGCUGUGGAGUCCCCUUAUGGUGGGGCUUUGCACCUGCCUCUUGUUGUGCCUGCUCUACAAGAUGAUGACGUUGAGGCUGGUGAUGGUGUCAUUCCUGAUGCUUCAUUGGUCUGCCUUUCCUUUCGUGCAAGCUCUCAGAAAAUGGCAGAAUCAUGGAGUUCACCUUUCCUGGAUGCAUUCAGUGCUGACAAAAACAUUCAUGUUUAUGAGGUCUCAUUUAUAGAUUCUUGGUUAUUAUCAUCGGGUCCUGUGAGACGAGCAUUCCUCAAGGUGAUGAGGAAAUCUAACAAUCCUCGCAGACAUGUCGUGUAUGCUUUUGGGGACCAUUAUGACUUCCGAAAGAAGCUUCAGAUUAUAAACUUUCUUACCGGAUACAUAUACCUGGUCGACCGUGAAGGAAGAAUAAGAUGGCAAGGCUUUGGAUCCGCAACAGAAGAAGAGUUGUCGUCCCUAACAGCAUCUGCCUCCAUUUUGUUAGAUGAAAAAUGAGAUGGGGUUGGUACUUAUUUUUCCCUUGUAACAUUUGGUGGAUGAAAUUUUGUUUCAUAGCAACUUCAAAGUGAUUUCUACCUUCUCAUUCGGCAAAUUGAGGCAUUUCUUUCACUGCUGUUAAUAAGCGUGGGAUGGCUGGUUUUUUGGUAACAACUACGAUUGUUCGAGGAUGCAGCAUGGAUAUUCUGGUGCCAAAUGAUUUCCAUGCCUUAUGUAACAGUUUACAGGAACGCAAAUCCUAACUUCUGUGGUUAAUAAGACUGCUGACCUGAUUACGGGUUUUGAUA